AUGUCGGAACCACAAGAACCAAUAGAUCUUGUUGUAUCAUCAACAACAACAACUAAUCAACAACAAAACUCCAACCACCCCAAGGAUAAGGUGGUGUUUAUUUAUGUCCUAGAACCGGAAAACGAUGAUGAGAAACAACAAACCGAACCUUCCCAAACGGAAUAUAAACAACGUAUAUCAUGUUAUGCCCACUAUCACGUGUUGAGUACCCUAUUAAUUAUGGGAUGUAAACAAAGUGAUGCAGCAGAAAUUUCGGAUUUAGUCUUCAAAUGGCUUUCCGAAGCAAAAACCAACCUUUUGCUUCAAAAACACAAACAACAGCUCUCCGAACGAUCAAAACAUUCCUCCGAAGAGGAUGACUAUUUAGAAGAGAUCAACAAUCACAUGGAUGUAAAUAAUUAUUCAUCAGAUGUAAAUAUCCAUUCGACUUCCGAUCGUGAUGAAUCAACAACCUUCUCCCACCACUCCAACAACAAUUAUUCAAAUCAAAUAUCAACCACAACUCCAAGAGAAAACUCUGCCUCUUCGGUUCCAAUGAACGUUGUCGUGGACAACUCUAGCAGCUCCUCAGAAGGAGAAACAAGUGAGUCUGAACGAGAGGACGACAAGGAAAACGCCACUCUUUAUGACUUUAUUGACUCUCCUCCAACAAACUCUACAGUUGCAGCAAACAAAGUUUCAGUCCAGACGUAUGAUUGCUCAAGCCAGCAACAUCUGUCCUCUGGUGACGACCAGAGUAAUUCAAAAAGGUCGCACAAGAAAAAACAUCACCGUAAACACAAGAUUUCUCGGUCACCCUACGAUAGCGGAAAUGAUAUCGAUGACUCUGAUCACGAAGACAACGAUCACAAUGAUGAUGUUUCACUCUCACCAAAUCAUGACAAGUUGAUUUCAACGUCACCUUCCCAAUGCUUCACACCCAAAUUUUCAACAGACGCCACAAGUGUUCCUUUGUCAGUUCCCUCAAAACAUCACUUGUCUGACACCCAAAAUGCGAUGAAAAACGGAAGCUUGCCAAGCAUUACUGUUCUUGGAUCCUCCCCAAAUAAUCCCAACAUCAUCUCCUCCAAAAAGAGAAUUCUAAGAUAUGAUAAACAUGUAAAAAGCAAAUCAUAUCUAAUAAGAGAGAUCACGUACAUGCUUAAACAAAAUGCCUCCAUAAUGAAAACUCAGAGCAAAAAACAUGACAGAGCAUUUGUUAUUUUCUUAACACGAAACCAAUUCCAAGAAAUUAUUAGAAUAGCUCUCAAUGUGUUUGGAUAUAACAGAGCAAAUAGAGUUAGAGAUUUCACAAUAGCUUGCUCUAUUCAAGAAAGAAAAAGACCUCUCAUCAUUUUAUUUGGAGGAACUUCAGGGACUGGAAAAAGUACCUUAGCUUCUUUGAUUGCCUCUCGUUUAGGAAUUACGAAAGUACUUUCGACUGAUAACAUUAGACACAUGUUGAGAGCAUUUAUUUCCAAAGAUGAGGAACCAGUGCUGUUUGCAUCAACCUACCACGCAGGGGAAGCAUUGCUUACCACUGAAGAAGGAAAAGCACUGAAGGAUAAGCUUACACCAGACGAAUUGACAGUAGAGGGAUUCAGAAGACAAUGCAAACUAGUUAUUGAACAAUUAGAAAAAAUUAUUGAACAAUCGAUUGAAAGAAAUGAAGGGCUUGUUGUGGAGGGAGUACACUUAUUAACUGAUUUCAUUGUAGAUUUGAUGAAGAAAUAUCCUACAUGCAUUUUACCAUAUAUCAUUUAUAUCAGUAACCAACAAAAACACAAAGAAAGAUUUGCUAUUAGAGCCAAAUACAUGACACUGGAGCCAAGAAACAACAAGUAUGUCAAGUACUUCCAAAACAUUAGACAAAUUCAAAAAUAUUUAUAUGAUCGUGCUGAAGUGUACAAUGUACCAAAAAUUGAUAACACUAACAUUGACCGUUCUAUUGCUGCCAUACACGGAAGCGUGUUUAAAUCAAUGAAAAUGGUUUUCGAAGGGAAGAAAUUAUUCAACUUUGAGACCGGAAAAUGCAGUUCUGUGCAUCCCAAGUCGCUUUUUGAUAAGAAACACCAACAUUGGUCUUCAAAAAGAAUGUUACAAGCUCUCCAAAAGAAAAGGGAAUCUUUAGAAAUUAGGAGCUUAACAGAGAGCGCUUCUUCAGCUGUAUCAUUGGAUAAUGAUCCAUGUCAUGUGUCAGAUGUGACUUCAAAGAGUCUUGUUGCAUCCUCAUUCUCAACAACAACAGAAAACAUGAAAAUAAGCUCAAAUGUACCAAGUUCAGUCUCUAUAAUUGAUCAACAACAGCCAACCCAAAUACCUCUAACAGCAAGUAUGGACGUUGUUGCUUCUGUGCAACCUAAUGACGUUAGGGAGAAGCCAUCAUCAAUUGCAAAGGCACAAACUUCGGUGCUAAAAGAAACCGCAAGCAGCAGUUCGAGCAGUGAUGAAGCUGAAGGAGUCGAUGACAAAGCUUCAAUAAGUACAAGAUCAAGGAGGAACAAGAAAAACUCAAUCAUCAAAAAAUAUGCUGUCACCUUUAAUAACGUGGUUUCUAAUAAUGAAAGCUCGCUUAUUGCAGACAUAAGUGAAAAAGGUGAAGAAGAAGCGUUGUCUACUACCAGUGCUACACAAGCUCAAAGUUUAUCCGUUGAACAAACAUCAGAUGCCAAAGAUGAUUCCUUAGCUCAGCAUAUUAAGACCAUUUCUGCUCUUAAAAAGAAGAAGAAAAAAUUAAUGCUUGAAGAUGUGAACUCUCCACUUGCUCGUCCCGAAAGCCCAGAAGAUCAUUGUAGUACUCCUCAACACACAGAUACUGAAUCCAGAAAAUACAAUUACUAUACAACAAGCGAAGGUGUUUGUAGUUUAUCAGAAAGAGACCAGGACAGUGAAAUUGGUCCUUGGAUUGAAAUGGACACAAGUUAG